AAGCAGACAGGAAGACAAAAUUGAAAUGUGAGAAUCAGUAAUUACCAACAUAAUAAAUCGGAAACACGCGAUACGUUAUUAAAAAAUACAUCACGUGCACUAAGAUUCAGUGAACUGUUUUAUCUUUUUGUGGGGAAGUAUGACUAAUCAUCAGAAGAAUGUGGGAAUACAACCUCCUUUGAAAAUAUUUUUAGCUCGUGCAAUCUACGAUAAUUUAUCAGAAAAUCCAACCGAAUUAAACUUUUCACGUGGUGAUUUAGUUACUGUUUUGGACAGAAAUCCUUCUGGUUUAAAAGGUUGGUGGGUGUGCAGUAUACGUGGUCAACUUGGGAUUGCGCCUGGAAAUCGUUUGGAGUUAUUAGGUCUUAUACAUAAAACGAAAGAAAGAAACAAUUCAGAUGUCUAUGAUGAUCCAACUGGAUGGUGUAUAUCAAGUAAUGAAUUGGAAAAUAAUACAAUUGAAAACGAUGUUUUCGCAGAAAAGUCAACAAUUUCAUUGUCUAAACCAGCAACUACUAACAUUAACAUCAUCAGUACCACCCCAACAGCAACAACAACAACAACAAUAAAAUCUAGUUUAUCAGAAAAAAAUCCCCAUUUAUUCACGCAUAAUCCUUGCCUUGUUUAUGAAAAUAUAGAUUACUACACAAAAAACUGUAGUCCUGUAGGUUUGACGGAUAGUGGCAAUUUCUCGAAUCGAUCAAGUGAUGUCUCCUUCAGUAUACAUUCAAUAAAUGAUGGAACAGUUGGUCAAAGGAAUAAUAAUUUAGAUUCAUAUGAAGACUAUGAAGAUCUACCGCCCAGCAUACCAUAUGAAUUUCGUGAUACAUUUAAUUUGCUAAAACAAGAAUCUCGACAACUCAGUCCUCAAGAUCAUAACAGAACAGAGAAUGAAAUACAUUCCAUUAUAGAAUCAUCACAGCAACAAUUAAAGAAAGAUUUAGAAUAUUCUCCAAACUCACAAAAGAAAUUUAACUCUGUCAAAAUGAAAUCAAAUUUAAAUUGGUCUAAGACAGAAGAGAAAUUAUUAGAUAGUAUGAGUACGAGAACAUUUAAAGCAAAUAAUGUUUAUCCACCUAUAGAAUCUAAUAAAAUCAAUAAUAAGUCAUCGAUUGAACUGACUCCAAAUACAUUUAAUUCAGUAAAAGAUUUUACAGGUUAUUGGUUACCUAUUCAAGGACGUAUACAUGAUAAAUGCUUGAAUUUAAUGAAAGUAUUACAUCAGAGUAAAGUAUACAGUUCAACGUGUCCAAUAACUUCAUUAUUUUCUCAAAUGGACAAUGAAUUUAUAAUUCUUAGUCAGUUAUGUACAAUAAUGAUUGGUCUUUCUAAACAAUCCUCUUUGGAUAAUGGUUUAACUCGCAAGUUUAUAAUAUAUCGUCAAAAUAUGGAGAAUUUAGCUGAAAUGUUCAUCAAAAUUUCUAAAAAUUGUAACACAAACUUUGAUAGUCAGUAUCAAAACAAACAGGCUUCACAAUCUAAUAGUAGACAAAUAAAACGAGACAAUCGUGUUAAUAUUAAAAGAAAUUCUAACAAUGAAGGCGAUUAUAAUGGGAUUCAAGGGGAUAAUUAUGAAGAUGGAGAUGAUAAGAAUCUAUUGGAGCAAACUAUUCAAGAACUACUCACUGAAGUGAAUUUAUUCUAUACAACAAUUUUAGCUAAUUCUAAAAUAUUAUUUAAUAAUUCAAUAAAUAAAUCCCCUGAAAUAAUUCGUAAGAUAUCCUCUCCUGUGGAAGAAGUAGAGACUAAAGCGAUUCCUAAAUUAAGCACACCUGUCCCAUUACUUUUUCCUCCUCCUAUACAUUCUUCUUCUUCACAGUCCUAUUUGGACAAUCGAAAAUUCUUAUCGAAAUCACAUGAAUUCAUUGACACCUUAUCACCAAAUUCUACCACUAGUCAACAAACAGAAUUUGCCAAACUUCAAAAAUAUCAAAAUGCCGAUUUUCAAAAAUUAUCUCAACUUUGUUUAAAUGCAUUAAAAGUUAUUGAUGGCUAUUUAAAUUAUUUGAUGCAAUUUCAAACUGAUACUUAUACAGGUUAUUCUUUUAGUCAUAAUAAUUGUCGAAAAAGUUUAUCUAUACACUCAAUUGUUGGACAGACUAAACUAGUGAUGCAGUCAUGCAGUGAAUUGGUACGUUGUACAACAUCUAUUUGUAAUGAAAAGAAAUUGUCCCCAUCACGAAUACUUACAUCCUCUUGUCAAGGGGAUGAUAUUUUCAGUCGUAAUGAUUCCAGUACAACUACUAUGAAUACAAAUUCUUCCGGUAAGAAAUUAGAGCAUAUGGCUGAUCAAGUGUGUGAAGCUUUAAAAGGUUUAGUAACUCAAACUAAAGAGACAGCAAAGUUUAUAACAAAUGAUUUUGAAAAUCUACCAACUGAUAAGGUGAUUCCAAUACCUGGUCCAUUAUUACAACGUUUAAGUGGUGCUUUAAAAUCAGUUCAAAAUUCAAUUGAGACAAUAAACAAAUGGGUGACAAGUGAAUAUUGUCAAAAGAAAGGAAAUUUAAAGUAUUUAUCUUCUACACAUAUAUGAUGAAUAGAUUGGCAUUUUUCUUUAUUUUUGUUUUCUUCUUCUUCUUGUCAGUGUAUUAAAACAACUAAUUUUUGUCCAUUUUGUUCUUGGCGUUCAUGUCAUUAUUAAUUGUACAUUAUAUUUCACAUUACAACUACUGUUAUUUUUUAUGCACUCGUUACACAAUACGUUAGGCAGAUAUACGCACAAAUAUAUAUAUAUGUACCUAUUACAUAUCAUUCCGUGAAUAGUUUGUAGAAUGAAAUCAGCAGUAAUUAAGUGUUCAUUCUACCUACCUUCAGGUGGUGAAUACAUUAAUCUGUUCAACUUUUAUCUUGUUCGGACACCCUUUUUGUAUUUAUUAAAAAGCAAAAAAAAAAACUAGCAAAAUGUUAUGCAUUUUGAUUGAUG